AUGUUGAAACAAUCCUUCAUUCAUCUUUCCUCAGCCAUCAACAAGCAACCAUCAGCACCACUUCAAUUGUUGAAGAAGGCUGUCAUUAUUCCAUUCCAACAACGCUUUCUUUCAUCCGCCAAUCAAGAACUCAUUACUCAUUCUGAACAAUUCAAUCUCACUCCCGAACAAUUGGAAUAUCAACAACUUGCCAAAGACUUUACCAACAAACAUUUUCAAGAACAUAUUGUCUCGGAAUGGGAUCGUAAUAAAACAUUUCCAAUGGAGACCUUGAGAGAAGCCGCACAAUUAGGCUUUGGUGGUAUUUAUGUCUCAACCGAUUAUGGUGGUACAGGUCUUUCUCGAUUGGAUGCAAGUAUCAUUUUCGAACAAUUAGCAAAGGGUGAUGUCUCUACCACAGCCUAUCUCACCAUUCAUAAUAUGUGUUGUUGGAUGAUUGACCAAUAUGGUACUCCACAACAAAAGGAACGUUAUUUACCUGCGUUAUGUAGUAUGGAAAAGUUUGCAUCGUAUUGUUUAACUGAACCUAAUAGUGGAAGUGAUGCUGCCUCAUUGAGAACAAGAGCAGUAUUGAGUGAGGAUGGAGAGAGUUAUGUGUUGAAUGGAGAGAAGGCUUUUAUCAGUGGUGGUGGAAGUAGUGAUGUUUAUUUGGUCAUGGCCAAGGUGAGCAACGGCACUGCAAGCUCAAAGAAGGAAGAAUCGAGUGCUGAUGCCAUUACUUGUUUCAUUAUUGAAAAGAACACACCUGGAUUAUCAUUUGGUAAGAAUGAAGUGAAAUUAGGAUGGAAUACACAACCCACUCGUGCUGUCAUUAUGGACAAUGUCAAAGUGAAAAAAGAAAAUAUUUUAGGUGAAAUUGGACAAGGUUUCAAAAUUGCCAUGCAAGGUCUUGAUGGUGGUAGAAUUAAUAUUGCAACAUGUAGUGUUGGUGGUGCUCAACAAUGCAUGAACAUGGCAGGUGAAUAUUUACACACUAGAAAACAGUUUGGAAAGCCACUUUCUAAUUUCCAACAUUUACAAUUCAAAUUAGCAGAUAUGGCUACUCGAGUUCAUGCUUCUCGAUUAAUGGUGAGAACAGCAGCUGCUCAAUUAGAUAUGGAGAAAUCAUCACAUUCAACUACAUUUUGUGCAAUGGCUAAAAGAUUUGCUACCGAUGAAUGUUUUGAUGUGGUCAAUGAUUCUCUUCAAAUGUUUGGAGGAUAUGGAUAUUUGAAUGAAUAUGGUGUUGAGAGAUAUUUAAGAGAUUUACGUGUGCAUUGCAUUUUGGAAGGAACCAAUGAAGUGAUGAGAUUAAUUACCUCACGAUAUUAUUUGAAUUUAUAUAAGGGUGGACAACAAUAG